AUGCCAGAUAAAAUAUAUCGUUUGAAACUCAUCAUCGAAGAUACAUCUCAAUCAUACCCAGUCCAUCUAUGUGCCUUCAAGAAUGAAGAGCCAACAUUUGAAGAAUUUCUUAGAAAGAUUCAAAGGAUAACAGAGAUGCAAAAUAUUGCUGACUACCAAUUCAGAACAGUUGAUAAUCGGUUGUUACUGUCCGACAAUCAUAGUUUGAAGAAAGCUUUGAGUCUAUCAUCCUCAAAUCAGCAUAAACUUGAAAUUGUGAUAAGUCGCAAAAUUGACAUCACCAAUCACUCCGAGCCAAAAUAUAUUUAUAUUGGUGAGAAGCGCAAUAUAGAAGAAAAAAGCCUUUCGAUUUUGGGUUGCAACUCAUCCAGUACAGCAUCAAUUCCGAUAAUCAAACCGAUACCCUCGAAAUGGAUUUCUGAUAAUCAUUCGAUUACAGCGAAUCAUGGUAGCUUAUCUUCGAUGAAUCAUAUGAGACGAUUCAGUCAUUAUAAUAUACAUUCAGCUGCGUUUGUAACCACCGUUUAUGAUAGCGAACAUUGUCGAAAAGAUUCAGCCAUAUCAUUUGAUGAAGAACCUAGUCGUAAAAAGCAAAGAGUCUUGUCUGCAGAUCAUUUUCGCAAGCUACCUAGUCCUUAUUCGACUUCAUCUACUUCUCCUUCUACAUUACCGCCUUUAAGGAAUAAUAUCGAUAAUAGCCUACAUCCUUUGGAUGUUGAUAGACGCCCUUCAACUGCUCCGCCGCCUUCCCCGCCUCCACCUGCUUCUCCAUUUUCCAGACUAGAGAAGCGUUUCAUUCCUACUCUACCCGCAAUUUCAACUAUUACAUCUCCCUUACACCAUCCAUUAAUACUUAAUACGCAGCUAGCACCUAUUUAUACCUCUGAUAACAGCAUUCAAAAUGGUUUUAAUGCCGAUACUAAUACGGCAACUAAUCACACUCAAAGCAUACAUAACAAUAAUCAUAUUCACCAUCCAUUCAUUUCGACGCCUGUAACUGAUGUCAUUAGAAGUAGAAGUCUGGCAACAUCAGAAGUACGAGUGUCUUUAAAAGCAACCCCAAAUGCUUCUACAACAACAAAAAAACGAGUCCGAUCAAGUGUUGGCAGUACACACUACGCUCAUAAUAUUCAACAAAGCACUUUAUUCUUUUGUGAGCACGUAAUUGAUCACGGUAAAGUGUGUGGCCAAACGUUCCGUCGCUCCUACGACUUAUCUCGUCAUCAGACCAUUCACUUGGAGAACCGUCCUUUUUGUUAUUGCGACACAUGUGGAAAACGCUUUACUCGUAUGGAUGCUUUACGACGACAUGAAAGAGUCCAAGGCCACUCAUCUGCUUCGUCUGCAAAACAGAGAUCAUUAUCAGCAUCCACAAUACUUCCCCGAAAGGCUACUACCACCGUCUAA